AUGUCGCUCGCUUUCAUUGAAAGAGAAAUAUGUCUGCCAUUGGCUGGCCCCAUGUACAUGCAAGAUGGCCGUUCUGUUUGUCUGAAUUUUUCUUUGAUUUAUUUUUCGUUUUAUUUAACGAAUUUUUGUUUAUUGCUUCGUAUUUCCAUCUCGUUCAACAAAUAUUUGUCCUUUUCAAACCUUCCCUUUCUAUCUAUCUAUCUAUCUAUCUAUCUAUCUAUCUAUCUAUCUAUCCCGUUCUCUUCAUAUCUAUCUAUCUAUAUAUCUAUCUAUCUAUCUAUCUAUCUAUCCCAUUCUCUUCCUAUCUAUAUAUCUGCCUAUCUAUCUAUCUAUUCUGUUCAUGUCUAUCUAUCCCUUUCUCUUCAUAUCUAUAUAUCUACCCAUCUAUCUAUUCUCUUCAUGUCUAUCUAUACCAUUAUCUUCAUAUCUAUGUAUCUAUCUAUAUUUACUAUUCUGUUCAUGACUAUCUAUCUAUCAAUCUAUCUAUACUAUUCUGAUCAUGUCUAUCUAUCCCAUUCUGUUCAUAUCUGUCUAUACCUUUCUGUUCAUAGCUAUCUAUCUAUCCCCUUCUUUUCAUAUAAAUCUGCCUAUCUAUCUAUUUCAUUCUUUUCACAUCUAUCUAUCUAUCUAUCUAUUCUGUUCUGUUCUCUAUUCUGUUCAUAUCUAUCUAUCUAUUUAUACUAUUUUGCUCAUGUCUAUCCAUCCUAUUCUGUUCAUAUCUGUCUAUACCUUUCUGUUCAUAUCUAUCUAUCUAUCUCCUUCUUUUCGUAUAAAUCUAUCUAUCUAUUUCAUUCUGUUCAUAUCUAUCUAUCUAUCUAUCUAUCUAUACCAUUCUGUUUCUAUCUAUCUAUCUAUCUAUCUAUCUAUCUAUCUAUCUAUCUAUCUAUCUAUCUAUCUAUCUAUGUGCUGUGGUAG